AUGCAGGUUAGAAUGGGAGGGAGGGACGAUGGUGGCGUGACGUUCCGCUCCCUGAUUGCUUGCCAGGAUUACCAGUCGCCAUCGCCAUCGCUAUCGCACCCGACCAUCGAAUCGAACGUGCCCGGUGGAGUGGCUGGCUGCAUUGCGCGGUUUGACGAGGGCUGGGCUACGGACGGCGACGUGGGCAGCAAGGGAAGCCGGCAAGAUUCAUCGACGCGGCCACCGGGGGGGGGCUCCAAUGUUGCUUUUGGAGACGCUGGCCCCAAAGCAGCUCACUAG